AUGCCCUACAGCUACUCCGCCCGGACCUGCGCUGCCCGGCCCACGGGGGCCCCCGGCCCCGUCCCGGCGGGCCCGGCCGCCCCGGGCACGACGCUCGAGGUCGACUACCUGAGCGGCCUCUGCCUGCCCAGCUCCUUCCAGACCGGCUCCUGGCUCCUGGACCACUGCGGGCGGGAGGCCGGCGGAGAGCCUCCUGUCUCCAGCCCGGUGCAGGCGACCUGCCCUCGGCCGCCGGCCUGCGUGUCCAGCCCCUGCUCGGCGCCCUGCAGCCGGCCUCUCAGCUUCGUCUCCAGCAGCUGCAAGGCACAGGGUGGCGCCUCCGCCACGGGCCAGCUGGCCUGCGGGGCCCCCCGGACGUGCAGGCGGCCCUGCGUGUCCGGCGCCCGGAAAACCUGCUGA